AUGCUCAGUCGAGCUAUCCCCGGCCAUCUGGCCAGAGCCUUUACCCUCAUCGGGGCGCUGACCGGCCUCGCUGCCGCCGCCAACUCCGUCGACAGCACCGUCCUCAUCGUCGCUCGCAACGACGGCGAUGUGGCCAAGGCCAGCUUCGGUCUCGACGGCUACGGCAUCCCCUGGGACAAGGCUCUCAUCUCUCAGGGCGGAACCAAUCUGCCUGCCCUGAACUCGUCCGGCACCGAAGGCCGCUAUGGCGGUAUCGUCGUCAUUGGAAGCGUCUCCUACGACAUGGGCGGCGGGCGCUUCGCCAGUGCCCUUACGGACCAGCAGUGGAACGACUUAUAUGCCUAUCAGGCGGCCUUUAGGGUGCGCAUGGUCCGUCUCGAUGAGUUUCCUGGACCUGCCUUUGGUGCCAGUACCGUCAUCGCAAAUACUGGCUGCUGCGAUAACAGCCAGGAACAGCUUAUUAGCAUUACCAACACCGAUGCAUUUCCCGGUGCCAAUCUCAAGGCCAAUGCCGGGGUGAGCACAAAGGGACUCUUCCACUACCCGGCCAACAUCACGGAGCCGGGAAACACGACCGAAGUUGCCGGCUUCGAGCCAGCCGGGUCCUUUACGUCCAAGUCGACGGCCGCCGUCAUCAACAACUUCAACGGGCGCGAGCAGAUGGUCUGGUUCAUCAGCUGGGCGCCCGAGUGGUCGGCCACGUCCAACUUCCUGCAGCACGCAUACAUCCACUGGAUGACGCGCAGUCUGUUUGUUGGCAAGCGCAAGGUGCACCUCAGCACCCAGGUCGACGACGUUCACCUCGACACGGAUUUGUACCGGCCGGUCAACACGACGUUCCGGCUGCGGACAGGCGACCUCGAGGCCCACGUCGACUGGCAGAAGAAGCUCAACGCCCGGCUGCCCGCCGGGUCCAACUUUUGGCUCGAGCUGGGCCACAACGGCAACGGCGACAUCAUCAAGGCCGUCGAGAAGCCCACGGCCGCGGCCCAGUGCAGACCCGCGCGCGCCGUCGACUACGAGUCGCCACCCGACAUGCCGCCGGGCCAGCUCGAGUGGAAGAAGCCGCCGGGGACGGGCGUGGAUCUGUGGCCGGCCGAUUUCACCAAGUACGGCUGGAGCGAGGCGUGCGCCAAGCUCGACGACCUGGCCGCGUGGUUUCUCAACACGGCCAACGUCAACGCCUUUGCGCACGUGUCGCACACGUUCUCGCACGAGGAGCUGAACAACGCCACGUACCACGACGCGUCGCGCGAAAUCUUCUUCAACCAGGCGUGGCUGAAGCAGCUGCGCAUCGACCAGGCGCAGCGCUUCUCGGCGCAGGGCAUCAUCCCGCCGGCCAUCACGGGCCUGCACAACGCCGACGCCAUCCAGGCGUGGACCGACAACGGCAUCAAGUUUGUCGUGGGCGAUAACACGCGGCCGGUGCUGCGCAACCCACAGAGCCAGUUCUGGGCGCUGCCGAGCAACGUGGAGAGCAACGGGCGCGAGGGCAUCCUCAUCAUGCCGCGCUUCGCCACCACCAUCUACUACAACUGCGACAAGCCCGACUGCACGCUGCAGGAGUGGAAGGACACGUCGGCCGGGCACGGCGAGUUCAAGGACCUGCUCGACGACGCGCGGUCGACCAACACGCGGUACCUGCUGGGGCUGCAGGCCGAUCCGUACAUGUUCCACCAGGCCAACAUGCGGCAGACGGACAUGGAGAGCAGCACCGUCGGCAGCGAGACGGGCAAGAUGUCGCUCAUCAUGACCUGGGUCGAGACGAUUGCGCAGGAGAUGUACCGGCUGACCAACUGGCCCAUGACGUCGCUCAAGCACGACGACCUGGCCGGCUACUUUACCAGCCGCAUGACGCUCGACGGGUGCAAGCCCAAGGCCAGCUACGCCUACUCUGGCGACGGGCGCUCCAUCGAGUCCGUCACCGUCACGGCCUCAGGGAACUCGUGCAGCGUGCCUGUGCCCGUCACCAUCCCGGGGGGCGUUGCGUCGGCCGAUGGCGGAUCGCCGCGGACGGACAAGGUCGGCAGCGAGCCGCCAAUCGUGUGGGUGACGCUGUCCGGGUCGCCGGUGACGCUGCGCCUGGGCUCGCCGGUCAAGGUCUGA